ACUGAAUCUGCAAGGUGAAUUUUAAUCUACUGCUCUUGGGAACAACUUUGGAACCAACUUGUCAUGCCAAGCCAUGAUUUAAGCACUUCCAAAAUGGCACUGUUCCAAAUCCCUCCUAUGUGGGAAGUGCUGUUUUAAAGAAAAGAACUUCACUCUGGGAGAAGCUCAGUUUGGGAACAUUUUCUUCCUCAAAAGAUUCAGCAAGUUGCAGUCCUACUGAACCCAUCUUCAAAAUUGUGCAUAUACAACAUUAUCAGUGGCAUGGAAACUUCCAGGAUUUGGCUGAUGCUGACUGUACUUUGCAAUUUUUGUGAAAGAAUUAUGCCAUGUGGUCUGUCAACACACAUUGAAAUAGCUCAUAGAGGGAUGGAAUUUUUCAGCCAGCAAGUUGGACAAGUUGACUAUCGUAAGUUAAUACUAGCUCACCAAGAUGCGUUUCAAGCAGGAAGUCUAUAUCCUGAUGCUUUUUAUUCUGGCAUCUGCCAAAACGGGAUAUACCAUUAUGUUUCUGAAGACACUCACUGGUCACCUUUUCUCAACACAAGUAUCCAUUACAUCAGAAAGAAUUAUCCUCAGCCGUGGGAAGAGGCUACAGAGAAGCUGGUGGCUUUUCUCUUUGGGAUUGCCUCACACAUGGUGGCAGAUGUAAGCUGGCACAGCUUGGGGAUUGAACAAGGAUUUCUACGGGCCAUGGCAGCUAUUGAUUUUCAUGGCUCAUAUUCACAAGCUCAUUCUACUGGUGAUUUUGGGGGAGAUGUGUUAAGCCAAUAUGAACUUGAUUUUGAUUAUUUGAAAGCAAGCUGGUAUGUACCUGUUAAAGAUUUACUGUCAAUCUAUGAGGAUUAUUAUGGAAAGGAAGUGAUAACCGAAAACACUAUUGUUGACUGCACAUAUUUGCAACUACUUGAUCUCUAUGCUGAGAUCAUCGCUGCUUCCAAACUUUACCCCAUAUAUGCCAAUAAGUCCCCAUUUUUAUUGGACAAGUUCUAUGACUAUUUUGUUGGUGGAGUGGAUGAUAUGGCAUUCGCAUCAAAUAACAUUUUUCAGUUAACCAGUUGGAUAUUAAACUAUGGGACUAGUGGCUGCUUUAUUCCCGAGAAUCCUUUGUUUAUUCGGUGUGAAGGCGAACAGAGAAACUUUCCGAUGUUUAAAGAAUCCAGAACUCAACACCACAGGAAAUUAACUUCUGAUGUGGCCAAAUCAAUUGAAAAGAAUAUCAGUUAUACAGAAAGAGGAGUUUAUUUAAAAGUUCCCCAUUGGACAAAGAAUUAUCUCCAGUUCCAAAAUAGUGACAUAGGAGCGAGUUUGAUGAAUGUGCUGGGAGUCCCACAGCGACGCUCAUCGAAAUACAUCACCAAGCCCAGUGCUUCAUAUUUUCUGAAAACUCCUUAUGCAAAACUUGGAUCGGCUAUGACUUCAGCUGACCUAAAUCAGGAUGGAUACGAUGACCUGGUGGUUGGAGCACCAGGUUACAGCAGGCUUGGACACAUUCAGUUCGGACGUGUCUAUAUUGUUUAUGGUAAUGAAUCAGGUUUGCCUCAUUCCAACCUGGACCUUGAUCAAGAAGCAGAUGAAAUACUAGAAGGCACUAAGCCUUCAGGAAGAUUUGGUUCUGCCAUAGCAAUUUUGGAUUUCAAUGUGGAUGGCAUAUUGGAUCUUGCAGUAGGAGCCCCAUCAGUGGGAGCCCAGGAGCUUAGUUACAGGGGUUCUGUGUACAUUUUUCUUGGCAACAGAGGAGGAGGCUUCCACAGUCUUCCAAAUAUUACCAUAAUUUGCCAGGAAAUAUAUUGUAAUCUAGGCUGGUCCCUGCUGACAGCUGAUGUUGACAGGGAUGGAGAUAAUGACCUUGUGCUUGGUUCCCCAUAUGCACCUUCUGGUGGAAAACAACGAGGAUUUGUGGCUUCUUUUUAUUCUUCCUCUUACAGAAAUAGGCAAAGGCUGCUCUUUGUAGCAGAUGCUGACUGGAUGGUAAAAGGGGAAACAGAUUAUGGUUGGUUUGGCUCAUCACUCAGCAGUGUCCAGCUCCUAAAUAAAACCUUGCUGCUUAUUGGAAGUCCUUUCGGGAGAAAUUGUACAAGCUUAGGGUGCUAUUUCUCCCAAUACAACAAACAAGCUGUUGGAAAGGUGUAUGGCUAUAUCCCACCAAACACAAAAAGCUGGUUCACUUUAAGCGGGGAUGAUGAAAAUGGGAGAUUUGGUUCAGCUUUGGCAACCGGUUUCCUUUCCAUAGAAGGAAUCUCCAAGCAAGUACUGAUAGUUGGCGCACCAACGCAAGGCACAGUCUCCAGGAUCUCAUUUAUAUCCUCAGCGCUACAACAAGCAGGAAGUGUUUUGAUAUACGACUUGAUGGGAAAUGGCACGCCUGCCUUACUCAGCACAUUCAAUGGAGAUAGGAGAUUUUCACGCUUUGGAGAAGAGGUGCACUUACGGGAUCUGAACAACGAUGGACUUGAUGAAAUGAUUGUGUCAUCGCCUCUUCGAAACCAAAAAAUUAUGGGUGGAUUGUUUGGAGAACAACUUGGAUAUAUUUAUAUAUACAGUGGAAACCAGACCACAUCAGGUCAUGUGACAGACCACUGCAAAUCAUGGAUUUCCCCUUGUCCUGAAGACUGGGCACAGUAUGUUAUAAUUUCUCCAGAGGGAAAAUCAAGAUUUGGGAGUACUCUUCUUACAAUGAAAACUGGAGAAAAGAGUGAAGUUGUCGUAGCUGCUGAAAGGAGUUCAACUAAAGCCCGACUUAGUGGAAGGCUUUUUCUUUACACCUUCUGAUUAUCAUUCUGUGUUUCAAAUAAUCGCUUCAGUGAAGUAAUCCCGAGUUUUGUGCACCAGUAAUUCUUGAAAGCAGAACAGCACAACAAACCUGCUCCUGACUUAGUAUAUGAACAAUACUAAACCUUUUGGGGAGUUAAUCAUGCCUCUUAAAAUUAGUGUAUUUUUUAAGAUGUUCAUGUUAAAUGGAAUAAUGAGGGGAAGUUUUUCUAAAUAUUUUGCAGCUUUUGGCCCUUGGCUAUUUUAAUAGUUGCAUGACAACAGAUAAUAGUCUUUAUUUUUUAAAAAAAAAUUCCAACAGACUCAGAUUUAGUAUAUUGGAGAACAAAGCCAAGAAGAAUCGUAAAUAUUGAGUUAUACAAAACCAGCAUCAAUAAAAUAGAUUUUCUCUUUAUCUCUAUUAUUAUAACUUUAUACAUAUUUAACUAGCAUAACAAUACUUCUAUAAAGAACAUGAGUUGAAGCUCCAGAACUUUGUGGCCUUUAGGUAACAGCUAUUUAAAGAAAUCAGUAUAUUUUUUUUUGCCAAUAACUCAUUUGCAUUAAACUUAAGUUUGUUAUCUUACUCAGUUGUUGAUGACUGAUCCUAGACAUGAUUCAUGGCCAAGAAUAUAGAUAUGAUGACAUGGAGACAAUGCAAGGUAUUAAAAUGGUUUUCCUUCAGAACAAAUAGUUACUUAUUUCUAGUCCAAACUGUCUAGUAAGAGGAAUUUAUACAUUUUCUAUGCAAUGCAGUUCUUUCUAACAUUAGAGAACCAAUAUUUGAUAAAUUCAGUAAACUUAAGAAGUUGUCUCAAUAUUCCAGCUACACUGUUAAGUAAUUUGUAUAGCUCAUGUACGGAAAGGCCUAGGUUUGAUCCUAACACUUCUAGUUGAAAGGAUCAAGUAACAGACAGCUAUAGAAGAAAAGUAACAGAUGGCAAUAGAAGAAAACUGUACUCAAAAUUUGGGGGAGUUGUUAGUCACUAUGGACGAUAAAGGUAAAGGUUCCCCUUGCAUAUACGUGCUAGUCGUUUCUGGCUCUAGGGGGUGGUGCUCAUCUCCGUUACAAAGCUGAAGAGCCAGGGCUGU